CCUAAUUUAUUUUCUUAACAAAACAAACAAAAAACUAUUUCCCCCGAGAAAUCUUCUAGUUUAUUACCCGACUACUUCGAAGCUCCGUAUUGUUUCCUUGUCCGUACAACGUAAAGCAGACAGAGCAAAAGAAAAUGAGGAGAUCUAGCUGGUCUACUAUUUUGAUCGUGGUGAUGAUGGUAUCGUUGUUGGUGUUAGAACACCUCGUGGUUCCUGCCGCGGCCGGGAGGGUUCUGAUGGAGAAGCCGGGAGAGGAAAGAGCGACGGUGAUGAGUGUUGAGAAGAUGAAGUCGACGGUGGGUUCCUGGUUUCAGCGUUUGGCUUCAGGUCCUAGUCCAAGAGGUCGUGGCCAUUAAAUUAGUUUUUUUUUUCUAGCGGGAGGAGAUCAACACCCAACAGUGUCGAUAUAACUAACCAUGUUCAUACGUAUACCAAAAAAACAGCCGAAAUUGUAUUCAAUUCAUUUAUUUCUUCGUUUGUAGUUUUUUUCUCUGAGGAAACUAAACCAUCA